CUCUCAUUUCUCCUCUUCUCCCUCCGCCUCCCCUCGCUGCACCUCCAUUGUGCCGCUUCUCCUCGCUCCUGGUUUGCGUGCGUCUGAACGGAGGAUGGCGGGAUCCCCGACCGAAGGGACGCUGUGAGAUCCGAAGACGGUGACGGGUGGAUGGGGACAGAGCUGAAGCAUGAUGCUGCCGCCGCGGUGCGUCUGCUGAGCCAGCGUUCUGCUGCCACAGCGGGGAAACAUUGAGAGAGAGAGAGAAAGAGAGAGACCUCUGUGUCGUUUGCCCUCCCAAACUCUCAGCCCUGCUGCCCUGGAAGCGUUUAGGAGGAGGAGAAGAGAAUCGGGGGUCUUCCUGUCACAGUCGAGACUUCAGCCAAACCUGGAAUUACUUCUCCACAAGCAGUCGUGUGGCCGAGGAUCCGGUCUGGACUUGUAGUUCACUUCAUUCCCUCACAGGCUCAUUUAUUCAUGUGGAAGCUCUUGAGAACUGGACACUAAUGUAAACUCAAGCGGAGCUUCACACUGCCUGGAACCCAGUUUUUUUUUUUUUUUUCUGUCCUGCUGAAGCUCAACCUCUUCACCCCGACUCUGGAAUCCCUCACUCCAACACUGCUCCAUUCGUCCGGAAACUCAGAUAUUUCUCCGCAGAGUUUCUCCCCGAUGCCGUUUGUGGACUAGCUUCAUCCAAACCUCCCACCGGCGUCUCAGCAUGGAGCUCCAGAGCGCCGCCGCCGGCCUCCCCGGGCCCCUCUCCCCGGCCCUGGACUACGCCGGCCCGUCUCACGCCACCAGCCCCAUUGGGGGGCCCGGCCCCGGGUUCUCGGGCCAGGCUGCCUUCAACUACAACCAGCUGGAGGGCCGGUUCAAGCAGCUUCAAGAUGAGCGUGAGGCGGUGCAGAAGAAGACCUUCACCAAGUGGGUGAACUCCCACCUGUCCAGAGUCUCCUGUCGGAUCACCGACCUCUACAUGGACCUGAGGGACGGACGCAUGCUCAUCAAACUGCUGGAGGUCCUGUCCGGAGAGAAACUGCCCAAACCCACCAAGGGUCGGAUGAGGAUCCACUGCCUGGAGAACGUGGACAAGGCUCUGCAGUUCCUGAAGGAGCAGAGGGUCCACCUGGAGAACAUGGGCUCCCACGACAUCGUCGACGGCAACCACCGCCUGGUCCUGGGCCUCAUCUGGACCAUCAUCCUCCGCUUCCAGAUCCAGGACAUCAGCGUGGAGACGGAGGACAACAAGGAGAAGAAGUCGGCCAAAGACGCUCUGCUGCUCUGGUGUCAGAUGAAGACGGCGGGGUAUCCCAAUGUCAACAUCCACAACUUCAGCACCAGCUGGAGGGACGGGAUGGCCUUCAACGCCAUCAUCCACAAACACAGACCGGACCUGAUCGACUUUGAUAAGCUGAAGAAAUCAAACGCUCACCACAACCUGCAGAAUGCGUUCAACCUGGCUGAACAACAUCUGGGCCUCACCAAGCUGCUGGACGCUGAGGACAUCAGUGUGGACCACCCGGAUGAGAAGUCCAUCAUCACCUACGUAGUGACCUACUACCACUACUUCUCCAAGAUGAAGGCGCUGAAGGUGGAGGGGAAGCGAAUCGGCAAGGUUCUGGACAACGCCAUCGAGACGGAGAAGAUGAUCGAGAAGUACGAGUCUCUGGCGUCCGACCUGCUGGAGUGGAUCGAGCAGACCAUCAUCAUCCUCAACAACAGGAAGUUUGCCAACUCUCUGGUGGGAGUCCAACAGCAGCUGCAGGCCUUCAACACUUACCGCACAGUGGAGAAACCCCCCAAGUUCACGGAGAAGGGGAACCUGGAGGUUCUUCUGUUCACCAUCCAGAGUAAGAUGAGAGCCAACAACCAGAAGGUUUACACUCCUCGAGAGGGCAAACUCAUCUCCGACAUCAACAAGGCAUGGGAGCGUCUGGAGAAGGCGGAGCACGAGCGGGAGCUGGCUCUGAGGACGGAGCUGAUUCGUCAGGAGAAGCUGGAGCAGCUCGCCCGGCGCUUCGACCGCAAAGCCGCCAUGAGGGAGACGUGGCUGAGCGAGAACCAGCGGCUGGUCUCCCAGGAUAACUUUGGAUUUGACCUCCAGGCCGUAGAGGCUGCUACUAAGAAACAUGAAGCCAUAGAAACGGACAUAGCAGCCUACGAGGAGCGAGUUCAGGCGGUGGUGUCCGUGGCGAAGGAGAUGGAGUCUGAGAAUUACCACGACAUCAAACGCAUCACGGCCAGGAAGGACAACGUGAUCCGACUGUGGGAGUACCUGCUGGAGCUGCUGAAGGCCCGCAGGCAGAGGCUGGAGCUGACCCUGGGCCUGCAGAGAGUCUUCCAGGAGAUGCUCUACAUCAUGGACUGGAUGGACGAAAUGAAGAUGAUGCUGCUCUCUCAGGACUACGGGAAACACCUGCUGGGUGUGGAGGACCUGCUGCAGAAACACGCCCUGGUGGAGGCCGACAUCAGCAUCCAGGCCGACCGAGUCCGAAACGUCAACCGCAACGCUCAGAAGUUUGCCGACGACAUGGACGGUUACAAGCCCUGUGAUCCUCAGAUCAUCAGGGAUCGGGUCGCUCACAUGGAUUUCUGCUACCAGGAGCUGAGUCAGCUGGCGGCUGAGCGGAGGGGUCGCCUCGAGGAGUCCCGCCGCCUCUGGAAGUUCUUCUGGGAAAUGGCCGAAGAGGAGGGCUGGAUCAGGGAGAAGGAGCAGAUCCUCUCCUCCGAGGAUUAUGGGAAGGAUCUGACGGGAGCGCUGCGUCUGCUGAGUCAGCACAAAGCCUUCGAGGACGAGAUGAGCGGGCGAGCCGCCCACCUGCAGCAGACGAUCAAACAGGGCGAGGAGCUGGUGGCCAACAACCACUUCGGAGCCGACAAGAUUAAAGAGCGCAUCCUGGACAUCCAGGAGCAGUGGGCGGCUCUGGAGCGGCUCUCCGCCGUCCGUAAAGCUCGUCUGCAGGAGGCCUGCAACCAGCACCAGUUCCAGGCCGAUGCCGACGACAUCGACACGUGGAUGCUGGACGUGCUGCGGAUCGUCUCCAGCGUGGACGUCGGCCACGACGAGUUCUCCACUCAGGCUCUGGUGAAGAAACACAAGGACGUGGCCGAGGAGAUCGGAAGCUACCGGCCCGUCAUCGAGGCGCUGCACGAGCAGUCCGGCACGCUGCCGCCCGAGAAGGCCAAGUCCGAGGAGGUUCAGAGCCGGCUGGCGGGCAUCGAGGAGCGCUACAAGGAGGUGGUGGAGCUGACGCGCCUCCGGAAGCAGGCGCUGCAGGACGCCCUGGCGCUCUACAAGAUGCUGAGCGAGGCCAGCGCCUGCGAGGUGUGGAUCGACGAGAAGGAGCAGUGGCUCAACAGCAUGGACAUCCCCGAGAAGCUGGAGGACCUGGAGGUGGUGCAGCACCGGUUCGAGAGUCUGGAGCCGGAGAUGAACAACCAGGCGUCCCGAGUUGCCGUGGUGAACCAGGUUGCUAGGCAACUGAUCCACUGCGGACAUCCCAGUGAGAAGGAGAUCAAAACCCAGCAGGACAAACUCAACACCAGGUGGAGUCAGUUCAGAGACCUGGUGGACCAGAAGAAGGACGGUCUGAGCUCCGCUCUGGGAGUCCAGAACUACCACCUGGAGUGUAACGAGACCAAGUCCUGGAUCAAAGAGAAGACCAAGGUGAUCGAGUCCACCCAGGAGCUCGGGAACGACCUGGCCGGCGUCAUGGCCCUGCAGAGGAAGCUGACGGGGAUGGAGCGCGACCUGGCCGCCAUCGAGGACAAGCUGGGCGACCUGGGGAAGGAGGCGGACCGCCUCGCCUCGGAGCACCCGGACCAGUCGGAGGCCAUCAGGGGGCGUCUGGCCGGGAUCACCGCCGUCUGGGACGAGAUGAAGGACACCAUGAAGAACCGGGAGGAGUCUCUGGGCGAGGCCAGCAAGCUGCAGCAGUUCCUGCGCGACCUGGACGACUUCCAGUCGUGGCUGUCCCGCACGCAGACGGCCAUCGCCUCCGAGGACAUGCCCAACACGCUGGCCGAGGCCGAGAAGCUGCUGGCCCAGCACGAGAACAUCAAGAACGAAAUCCGCAACUACGAGGAGGACUACCAGAAGAUGCGGGACAUGGGCGAGACGGUGACGCAGGGCCAGACGGACGCGCAGUACAUGUUCCUGCGCCAGCGGCUGCAGGCGCUCGACACCGGCUGGAACGAGCUGCACAAGAUGUGGGAGAAUCGGCAGAACCUGCUGUCCCAGUCGCACGCUUACCAGCUGUUCCUCAGGGACACCAAGCAGGCCGAGGCCUUCCUCAACAACCAGGAGUACGUGCUGGCUCACACCGAGAUGCCCACCACUCUGGAGGCUGCCGAGGCCGCCAUCAAGAAGCAGGAGGACUUCAUGACCACCAUGGACGCCAACGAGGAGAAGAUCGGCGGCGUGGUCGACACCGGGCGGCGCUUGGUAACCGACGGCAACAUCAACGCGGAGCGCGCCCAGGAGAUGGUGGACUCCAUUGACCAGAGACACAAGAAGAACCGAGCGGCCGCCAGCGACCUGCUGACCAGGCUGAAGGACAACAGAGACCUGCAGAGGUUCCUGCAGGACUGCCAGGAGCUGUCCCUGUGGAUCAACGAGAAGAUGCUGACGGCCCAGGACAUGUCCUACGACGAGGCCAGGAACCUCCACAGCAAGUGGCUCAAACACCAGGCCUUCAUGGCCGAGCUGCAGUCCAACAAGGAGUGGCUGGACAAGAUCGACAAGGACGGGCAGGCGCUGAUGGCGGAGAAGCCGGAGACGGAGGCCAUGGUGAAAGAGAAGCUGUCGUCCCUGAAGACCAUGUGGCAGGAGCUGGAGUCCACCACCCAGGCCAAGGCCAAGUGUCUGUUCGACGCCAACAAGGCGGAGCUCUUCACCCAGAGCUGCGCCGACCUCGACAAGUGGCUGGCCGGCCUGGACGGGCAGCUGCAGUCCGACGACUACGGCAAAGACCUCACCUCCGUCAACAUCCUGCUGAAGAAGCAGCAGAUCCUGGAGAGCCAGGUGGAGGUGCGUCAGAAGGAGGUGGGGGAGCUGCAGGGCCAGUCGCAGGCCCUCAGCCAGGAGGGGAAAGGCUCCGACGAGGUGGACGGCCAGAGGAUCAGCGUGGAGCAGAAGUUCCAGUCCCUCCAGGACCCGCUGAAGAAGAGACGAGACAACCUCAUGGCCUCCCGCGAGAUCCACCAGUUCAACCGGGACGUGGAAGACGAGAUCCUGUGGGUGGAGGAGAGGAUGCCUCUGGCCACAUCCACCGACCACGGCAACAACCUGCAGACCGUACAGCUGGCCAUCAAGAAGAACCAGACCCUGCAGAAGGAGAUCCAGGGCCACCAGCCGCGCUACGACGACAUUUUCCAGCGCAGCCAGCACGUCCUGAGGGAGAACGGCCCCACGGCCGAGCUCAUCCGCCAGCGCCUCGCCGAGCUGCAGUCGCUGUGGGAGCAGAUCAGGAAGGAGACGGAGAAGCGCCACACCCGCCUCAGCGAGGCCCACGAGGCCCAGCAGUACUACUUCGACGCCGCCGAGGCCGAGGCCUGGAUGAGCGAACAGGAGCUGUACAUGAUGUCAGAGGAGAAGGCCAAGGACGAGCAGAGCUCGGUGGCCAUGCUGAAGAAGCAUCAGAUCCUGGAGCAGGCGGUGGAGGACUACGCAGACACCGUCCAUCAGCUGUCCAGCACCAGCCGCGGCCUGGUGGCCGCCGAGCACCCUGACAGCGAGCGGAUCGGCAUGCGUCAGUCUCAGGUGGACAAGCUGUACGCCGGGCUCAAGGACUUGUCGGAGGAGCGUCGGGGGAAGCUGGACGAGCGCUUGCGUCUCUUCCAGCUGAACCGGGAGGUGGACGACUUGGAGCAGUGGAUCGCUGAGCGGGAGGUGGUGGCCGGAUCCCACGAGCUGGGACAGGACUACGAGCACGUCACCAUGCUGCAGGAACGCUUCAGAGAAUUUGCCCGCGACACCGGGAACAUCGGCCAGGAGCGCGUGGACACCGUCAACCAGCAGGCGGACGAGCUGAUCAACACCGGCCACGGCGACGCCGCCACCAUCGCCGAGUGGAAGGACGGCCUGAACGAGGCCUGGGCCGACCUGCUGGAGCUCAUCGACACCCGGACGCAGAUCCUCGCCGCCUCCUUUGAGCUCCACAAGUUCUACCACGACGCCAAGGAGAUCCUCCACCGCAUCCUGGACAAACACAAGAAGCUGCCGGAGGAGCUGGGCCGCGACCAGAACACGGUGGAGACGCUGCAGAGGAUGCACACCACCUUCGAACACGACAUCCAGGCCCUGGGAACGCAGGUGCGGCAGCUUCAGGAGGACGCCGUUCGCCUGCAGUCCGCCUACGCUGGAGAUAAAGCCGACGACAUUCAGAAGCGAGAAGGAGAGGUCCUCGAGGCCUGGAAGAACCUGCUGGAGGCGGCGGAGGGCCGCCGGGUGAAGCUGGUCGAGACCGGAGACAAGUUCCGCUUCUUCAGCAUGGUGCGCGACCUGAUGCUGUGGAUGGAGGACGUCAUCCGCCUGAUCGAGGCCCAGGAGAAGCCCAGGGACGUGUCGUCUGUGGAGCUGCUGAUGAACAACCACCAGGGCAUCAAGGCGGAGAUCGACGCCCGCAACGACAGCUUCACCGCCUGCAUCGAGCUGGGCAAAGCCCUGCUGGCCAGGAAGCACUACGCGUCAGAGGAGAUUAAAGAGAAGUUGUUACAGUUGACGGACAAGAGGAAAGACAUGAUUGACAAGUGGGAGGACAGAUGGGAGUGGCUGCGACUGGUCCUGGAGGUGCACCAGUUCUCCCGGGACGCCGGUGUGGCCGAGGCCUGGCUGCUGGGUCAGGACCCCUACCUGUUCAGCAGGGAGAUGGGCCAGAGCGUGGACGAGGUGGAGAAACUCAUCAAGCGCCACGAGGCCUUCGAGAAGUCGGCCGCCACCUGGGAGGAACGCUUCUCCGCUCUGGAGCGGCUGACCACGAUGGAGUUAUUGGAAGUGCGAAGAAUGCAAGAGGAAGAAGAGAAGAGGAGACAACCUCCGCCCACUGAGGCUCAGCCCGGCGACGCUGCAGCUCAGCACAGGGAGGGCGAGCUGGUGUCUCAGAACGGGCUGCCGUCCGAUCAGGAGUCUACCAGGGACAACGUGGACGGCGGGGAGGCGGUGAACGGGACGUCGGAGCCGAGCCCCUCGGGGUCUCCCGGGGGGUCUCGCAAGGGCAAGGCCAGCCAGGCGGCGACCCUGCCGGCCAAGUCCCAGGCGGAGGCCCCCACGUCCCAGCUGGAGGGCUUCCUGCACCGCAAACACGAGUGGGAGGGACACAACAAGAAGGCUUCCAGCAGGUCGUGGCACAACGUGUACUGUGUGAUCAACCAGCAGGAGAUGGGCUUCUACAAGGAUCAGAAGAGCGCCGGUCAGGGGAUUCCCUACCACAGCGAGAUCCCCGUCACCCUGAAGGACGCCAUCUGCGAGGUGGCGCUGGACUACAAGAAGAAGAAACACGUCUUCAAGCUCAAGAUCACUGAUGGGAAUGAGUAUCUCUUCCAAGCCAAAGAUGACGAGGAGAUGAACACGUGGUUAUCGGCCAUCUCGACCGCCAUGACGGGCGAGAAGUCGGAGGUGACUCCCAGCAGCCACAGCACGCCGGCCCCGGCCGCACGCGCUCAGACGCUGCCGGCCUCCGUCGCCGCGGCAGCAGAGUCCAGCCCGGGCAAACGAGAGAAAGACAAGGAGAAACGCUUCAGUCUGUUCAGCAAGAAGAAGUAGACGCUCCUUCUUCCCCCCCCCUCAUCCUCCUCUUCCUCAUUCCUCUGGUGCUGUUUGGGGUCGCUCCUCAUUAUCGAUCCAUCUCUUGUCAAAUAUUAGUGGAAGACGUCCGUGUCGAUUGAGCGAAUACUAUAUUUAGUCAGCUCGUAGCAACCGGUACUGUAAUAACUAAAAACAAAUAGAUUAACCGCUCCACGUGUAGUUAAAUUUACUUCUAAAUGGAUUCAAAUGUGCUCAAAACUGUUAAAAGUCUGUUAUUUACGUGAUAAUAUAAAAAAAUAACACAGUGAGCCGAUGAGGAAAAAGAUCCUUUGAUGAUCUGGACGGUUGAUACGACGGUUCCAACAUAAUCAGUUGCUACGUCAAAUGAAAUCCCAAACAGCCUCCUUCUCUCUUUCUCUACCUUCUACUUCUUUCUUUCUUCCUCCUCCUCCUCCUCUUCCUCUCUGAAAGCGUGACUCCAGCAUGCAAGCUCCGAGCCAAAACUCUCCACUCUGUGCCUAUCAACCGCCCGGUCCGGCUCAGAGCGUCAGUACAGCUACAAACACACCAACCUGUGUCCUCUGAGCAAACGAAAAAAGGUCGGAUUGAAUGAAAACAAAUGCUAAAAUAAAAGGGGCCCGCGAACGCUUUAGAUUGAGUUUGCCGCUGAACAACAACACGCUGUAGAGGAUUUCCCCCAAUAUUCCCGUUUAUUAUUCUUAUUGCUAUUAUUUGUGUUUUCUAUCUGCUUCUGCUUCCCCGUCAUCCCAGCUUCUCAUCGACUGCUGCCUUUCUGCGUUGUGUUUGAGCUCCCAAGUCGUCUCAGUUCCAUCCGUUGGGUUUUUGUUUCUUUUGGGAAGUUGUAGUUAGUUCCUGGUAGGAUCCAUCCUCAGUUUUUGCGAGGCUUUGUCUUUGCAAGAUGACGUGUAUCCCUCUGUAGUGGGGAAGACCACAGCGGGGUAAUCCUCUGAAAUUACACCUCACAAGUUUUUAAUUUCAGCUAAAAUGCCUAAAACAAUGUAAAAAGUGCCGAAUAUGUGGAGAAAGCAGUACAAACUUUAAAGAGUUCAAAGUACAAAAUAAGAGCACCCCGGGCUGCAAUCUGUGCACUGAAUAACUCAAUUUUUGCAAUAAAACGUGAAACGCUUAUUGUCAUCACUAUGUUCUGGUGAGUUCUGGUGCUGGCUAAUUCCUGCAGCGUGUAGUGGCUGUAAUUUGGAGAGUUACCCUGCGGUGCUUUGAAUUGUAUGUAUAACUUGUGUAUAACAAACUGUUGAAAAAUAAACCUGUGUUUUAAUUUCACUUAUAUUUACUGCUAAUAAGACGUACAAACCGUAAUAAGCUUCAUUUGAUUAUAAAGUUCUUUACUUUAACACAUCUGAAUGAAGGAGCUAUUGAGCCUCUGUGGGGGAAUAAAUAAUUAAAGACCAGUAAGAAUGUUUGUGAACUCAAACGUUUAUGUAUCCAGUAAGAUUUGUUUGAUCCCUGGUUGCAUUUUUAAAAAACAUUAAAUUCCACCUUUUUUUAGUUUUUUUUCCCUCCACAAUGUUUUUUUCUGUUUCCCAGUUAAACUGUCUUAAGGUUUAUUUAGUCCGAGUAUGGAGACAUAGAUGUACUAUAAAAAACACAUUACUUUAAGCAUUGCUGUUAAGUGGACAAGUUGCUCCUAAAAAGCGUUUACUGGAAGUGAGAAAUGUUGCAGAAUAAUGGUCGCUUGCUUGUUGGCUUCAGCGCUCCGUUUUUAUUUAUCAGACUUUUGCCGCCAAUGAAGAGAAAACCUCUGAGUUACUUGUACGGUUCGCUUCACGCGGAAGUUCUUUGGUGACAAAAUGAAGACGAGAUUUGCACUGUAAACAUCUGCUGGUUGAGAUCUGAGAGCAUGCAGAAGCAGAUCUGUUGGCAUGAUUUUAAAGAACAGAACUUUCAUCAAUGUGUCGAGACGUCCACAUGUGAACAGCCUUCCUGACGCAUGUGACGGUUAAAUGAGCAUGCUGGAGUUUGUCUCUGCCUACUUUGAAAAAUAGAGAACUUUAACAGCCUGAUCUGGUUGUUUUCUCCACAAAAUCUGCCCAAACUGAUUUAAGCUUGAAUUUGUUUUGUGCGCUCUGUAAUUUUGUCAUUAAUUAACUUCCAUUCCUUUUUUGGAAGCAAAAACCGCAGGACCGAGCCCCCAAAGAGGUAAAUGUGGGUGCGUUUGUUUUGCCACCCAGCUGGCGGUGGGGUUGCUCUGGUUUGUUGGUGGAACACCUGAAGUAACAGAAACUCUUCACUUGAUGGUUGCUGUUGAAAUGCUUCCUGUUCUUCAUUUUCUUUACGCUACAUUCUCCGGCGGUUUGAUAAGUAUCGUGCGCAUUCCUCUGUCACUGUAACCAUAGUAAUGAGAUAUUUCUUCAUAUUGCACAAUCAGUAAUGCCACAAUAGGGGUGGGCGGGACCGGGGUGGGUGGAGCCGGGGCUGUUGUAGGUGAGGUAGUCGCUGUGAUGUGAACUAGGGGUCACUGCUAGUUGGAUCUGCACCCGUAGACUUCUCCCGAUCUGUUACAUAUGUGCAAAAAGCCAUUAAAAUGCUUUUAAAAUGAA